CGCAGCCGUCUUGGGGCGGUACUGAGCUGGGUCACGUAGCUCAGGUCCCUGACUUGGGCCACGUCCCGCCUUUCACUGGUCUCUGGUCCCCGCGUGCAAUCCCUCCGCCACAAUGCCGAUGUUCACCGUGAACACCAACGUUCCCCGCGCCUCCGUGCCAGAGGGGCUUCUUUCCGAGCUCACCCAGCAGCUGGCGCAGGCCACCGGCAAGCCGGCACAGUACAUCGCAGUGCACGUGGUCCCGGACCAGCUAAUGACCUUUAGCGGCUCUAGCGACCCCUGCGCCCUGUGCAGUCUGCAUAGCAUCGGCAAGAUCGGCGGCGCGCAGAACCGCACCUACAGCAAGCUGCUGUGCGGCCUGCUGGCUGAUCGCCUGCACAUCAGCCCUGACCGGAUCUACAUCAACUAUUACGACAUGAGCGCAGCCAACGUGGGCUGGAACGGUUCCACCUUCGCCUGAGUGCUGGCCUAAUAACUUACCUGCACCGCUGUUCUUGGAGCCUUGCUGCACGCAGCGUUCUGUUUUCGUCCACACGUAGCAAUGCCCACCCUCCGAUCGGGAGAAAUAAAUGGUUUAGAGACCA